UCCUGCGCAGGGAAGGGGCUCCCGCUCUCCUCCUCCUCCUCCUCAAGGCAGAGGAGGACCAGGGAAGUGGGGGACCUCCUCCUCCAAGGGACCCUGAGACCAUCCUGCAAAGCACCCUCCCACCCCCCAAGUGAGAGUAUGGAGAGAAGAUGAGUGGCUCCAAGGAAGAAGAAGAAACUGAUGUAUUGCACCUAUUACUGGAAUUAGAAGCAAUGAGGCAUGGAACCCUCAUCCAGCCCUUGAGUUAAUGGAAUGGAACUGGAAACCCAGCAAAGCAGGAAGCCAAUGUCAUCUUGUUCCUUCUGUUUAUAUCUGGUGAAUACACAGCACAACAAUUUCAAACUGACUGUGUGAAAUGAAUGCAAAAGGGAAUAAUUCUGUUCUCUUCUGGUAAGAAUAAAGCAGCAAGUUCUCAUCCGCACUUAAACAAUUUGGUGCUUCCAGGUGAACUUGAAUCUGACUUAUCACUUUUUUGGCAUCUUCAGACCCUGACAUCACUUUCUUUGUAUCUCCAGACUCCUGAGAACUCCUGCCAGAGAAUACAGUCCAAUACCACAUACUGUAUAUGCAGUUUGCUCAGUGAUGAGACACUGUGUGUUGAUCUGCGGACACAGCAUGGUGUUCUGGGUGGCCAGCCAAGCCAGGAGGAGCCAUUUCGGAAGCCAGCGGGGCUGCCAGAUAAGGCCAUCGUUGAGUGGAGAGGUAAAUGUGGCCUGUGGUGGCAUGGACUCCUGCAGCUGUUGUUUGGCGAAAGCCAGUGUCUGCCCCCUCAUGUUCUGGUUAUACAUUUGGGCGGCAAUGAUUUGAGUUUUGUGAAAGGCAAAGCCCUGGUUCUUCAGGCCAUACGCGACAUGUGUUUCAUUCGAGAGAGAUGGCCUUUUGUUAAGUUAAUAUGGUCAGCAAUGUUGCCACGCCAAGUUUGGAGAUGUGGUUGUGAGCCACACAUCCUUAAUAGGGCCCACAGAUGGGUCAACAACAAAAUUCGCAAGGCGAUGAACGGAGGACAUAUUUGCACGUGAAAAGCUUCACAUAAUUAAUUUCUGUAGAUUAAGCUGCUGAAAAAAUACACAAGAAGAACCAGUGUGCUUUCCUUCUUCCUGUUCAACAGUUCCAUAGUUUAAUGUGCUUGGGACUGGUUUGAGUGAUCCUUCAGUGUUGUUCCAAUUCUUACAUACAAUUGAUGCAGAGAAAUCCAGGAUCCUUUCUGCUACUCAGUUCUUAAGAUUUCUGUAAGUAGAGUCAGAAGUCCUUAGAAACAAUAAUUGUUAAUAUAAAAUGUAGCUUCUAGCUGGUAACAUUCUGUAGGUUCAUAUUCAAUGGGAGCCUGGGAUGAUGCUAGAAGGCAUAGACACAGAUGACUUUUUCUAACACCACUUGACAAAGGGACAGCCAUGGCAAGUAAAAUAUCACUUUGUAUAGCAGUGAGUCUGUAUUAGAACACAGUCUGAAAGCAGGCAGAUAGCAGGGUUUGCUUUCUGCAGGAAAAUCCUACAGCAUUUUGACAUCUGACGGAGAGCAUGAAUCUGUGCUCAGCCAAUAUAUACUGUAAGUAAACCUUUCAUCACAGAAACAUUAAAAGUCUUCAGCAACCUCCUUCUAAGGAAACAGAAUUCUGAGUAAGCUGGAAUCCCAUUGCUCAGAAAUUGAAUCUACAUAUAUAACAAUAUAAAAUUCUGUCCUGAUGAUAGCUUCUUGUUCUGAGUACAGGACAAUCAAAUGAUGUGGCACACGCAUUUCUUUAAGAGCGAUUCAAAAAUUUUCAUGAUCUACACAGUCAAAGACUUUUCUAUAAUCUAUAAACCACAGGUAGUUUUUCUUCUGAAAUUGUUUGGUGUGCUCCAUUAUUGAACCUGUGUUUGCAGUGUGAUCCCUAGUGCCUCCUGCUUACCUGAACCCAGCUUGGACACCUGGCAUUUCUUGCUCCAUAUAUGGUAAAGGUCUGUUGCAGAAUUUUGAGCAACACUUUGGUUGCAACAGAGAUUAGGCAAUGGUUUUGUGAUUACUGCCACCCCAGGUGUAGGUAUUUUGCCACCCUAGGCGAGAAAUAUUUUGGCACCCCUGUCGCCUAUCAUAAUUAUUUUUACCCCUUGA